UGGUUCUGGCUUAAGGCAUACAGUUCUGGACCUAGGGCCACAACCCAUACCCAGAAUCCCUUGAAUCUGUCAUCUCUGGGGUCUUUACUCAUCUGUAGCUUGUGCCAAUGGCCACCUAGAUAGGUAGAGCAUGGCAGGGAUAGUGGCUCCUGGAGGCUAAAAGUACAGCAAAGGCUCUUCUCAUUUUACAAAAAUUUAAAUUAUGAGUCCAAGUGCAGAGUCCUGUAGAUAUGGCUAAUAGGUAUCCUGUUUGCCAGUUUCAUGACCUUGGAUAAUAUUCUAGACUCUUGAAGCUAGGCUUCUACGUCUAAUCAUGGGGAAAGAUAAGGAGUUGUUGUGAACUUGAAAUGAGAUUAUCCAUGUAAAGCACUUGGUACGGGACCUGAUACCUGUAUGGGUCUGGAGAGGUUACAGGAUUUAUUUAAGGCACAUGAUCUUAAAGCAUCUGAGCAGGGACCUGGGCCCAGCUCUCUGUGUCUUUCCCAGGACCACUAGUGCCAACAGAGGAGGUUGUGUCCUGAGAGUGGCCUUGGAGGGGAUCAUGCAGGUGGGUCCAGGAGAGGAUCAAGGUUGGACUGGUGGGGCUGGGCCCCAGGUAUAUCUUCUUUGCCCACUAACCCAGCAGUCGAAUGGGGUGGGGGAGCUUUCCAGAGUCUCAGGAAUGGGGUUCUCUGAGUCUUUUAGGGAAAAAGUGGCUUUUCUGAGGGCAGGUGGGCAUAAGGGGAUGAGGAAUGAGAGUUUUCAUCCUCCUCUGGGCACCAUUUAGCCCUUCCACCUGUGUUAGGAUUGAGGGCAGUCUGGGUGAGUGAAGCCAGAGAACCACUUCUCGAUACCAAGGCUUUGGCCCAUGGGCCAAGACUGAGCUCUGACCGGUCCCUGUGGUGUCUAGAUGCUGUGGGUGAGUCAGGGAUCGGGUGGGAGGCCAGAAUUUGUGGCUUCAUACAGUGCCAGCUUUCAGUAAGUGUAUACUUAACCCCUUCCCCAUAGAUGCUUUGUCUGAUGAGUGACUUGGGGGAACUUCUGACUGCAAGAACUUUCACAGCACCUCAUCAGUGGUCUCCUUGUUCUGGACUGGAAAUUGGGUCAGGCCUGGAGUGGAUUUCCCUCUGUAUCCCUUUAUGGCUCCUGUAUGAUAGCCCCAAGGCCCGGCAGGAGGUGGACCAUCACUGGCAGGCCUCUGGUGGCCCCCACAUUGUCUGCAUCCUGGAUGUGUAUGAGAACAUGCACCACGGCAAACGCUGUCUCCUCAUCAUCAUGGAAUGCAUGGAAGGUGGUGAGUUGUUCAGCAGGAUUCAGGAGCGUGGCGACCAGGCUUUCACUGAGAGAGAAGCUGCAGAGAUAAUGCGGGAUAUUGGCACUGCCAUCCAGUUUCUGCACAGCCAUAACAUCGCCCACCGAGAUGUCAAGCCUGAAAACCUGCUCUACACAUCUAAGGAGAAAGACGCAGUACUUAAGCUCACCGAUUUUGGCUUUGCUAAGGAGACCACCCAAAAUGCCCUGCAGACACCCUGCUAUACUCCCUAUUAUGUGGCCCCUGAGGUCCUGGGUCCAGAGAAGUAUGACAAGUCAUGUGACAUGUGGUCCCUGGGUGUCAUCAUGUAUAUCCUCCUUUGUGGCUUCCCACCCUUCUACUCCAACACGGGCCAGGCCAUCUCCCCAGGAAUGAAGAGGAGGAUCCGCCUGGGCCAGUAUGGCUUCCCCAAUCCUGAGUGGUCAGAGGUCUCUGAGGAUGCCAAGCAGCUGAUCCGCCUCCUGCUGAAAACAGACCCCACAGAGAGGCUGACCAUCACUCAGUUCAUGAACCAUCCCUGGAUCAAUCAAUCGAUGGUGGUGCCACAGACCCCACUCCACACGGCCCGAGUGCUACAGGAGGACAAAGAUCAUUGGGAUGAAGUCAAGGAGGAGAUGACCAGUGCUUUGGCCACUAUGCGGGUAGACUACGACCAGGUGAAGAUCAAGGACCUGAAGACCUCUAACAACCGGCUCCUCAACAAGCGGAGAAAAAAGCAGGCAGGCAGCUCCUCUGCCACACAAGGCUGCAACAACCAGUAGCUCAUGGGGACUUGGAGGAGCCAGGCCUCUGAGCCUGCAUGGCAGGCUGGAGUGUGCUGAGGCCCUGGCCAGGAGGGCCCAGGGUCAUUCUUUUAACAAAAGGAUUUUGUUUUGUUUUAAUUUGUCACUUGGAACUUCAGGAUGGAGGACACUGACCCUAAACCUCCUUCAGAUCUCUGGCCCAGGCUCAAGCCCUAGAGAGGGGCAGGGCCUAUGGCCUGGAAGCCGCCUGCUGCCGCAGCAGCACCUUUAGCCAGGGUGGCCUGAGUGAGGCCUCUGUGCUGUCCUGCCCUGGUACAUGGCCUUAGCCUUCUAGGCCACUGGGAGUUGUGGCUGAGCUUCCCAUCUUCCACGUCUUCCACUGAGACAUCCCCCUGCGGGGUGGGCAGAUGGGCCUGGCCUUGAGAAAGGCAUUGGCCAUUGGUUGCCAUGGUGACCAGGGACCACGUGCUGUCUGUGAAUGCUGAGUGAGUGAGUAAGGGAGGAGGGGCAAUCCAAGGUUCACCUCUGCCUUCUUGGGGAGGCUGGUUUCUCGAACACUGGCUGCCCCCUCAGUCUCACUCCUCCUUGGGCUCCCUGAGGCUGCAGGGUCCAGUCUGCCUGCCUCCCUGUGCAGUCCAGCCCUGCCUUGCUGCAGCCCCAGCCCAGACAGCACUCAGCGCUCUCCCCUGAGGGAAUCCCUGGGCCUCCCCAUCCCAUCACUACUCCUUACCCCAAAGGGUGGCUUUUCAUCUCAACUUAAGGUGAGGGAUAUUUUUAACCUUUUUCCACUUUGGAAAAUGUCACUGUGACAAAAGCCAGUAUACUUCCCCUGCACCCACCUGCUCACCAGAUCUCAGGCAGGAAAGCCCCUCUCUGUUGAUUUCAGGGGCUAUCUUUUGGUGUACUUGUGUGAAAGUGGCUGGCUGAGAGCAGGGCUAAAGAGGCUUCCCAUUAACCUGAGGUCUCUUUCUUUACUCUGGGUCAGACCUGAGGUUGGGGAAGGUGACCGAGCCCUGCUCAGAGGUCUGGUCCUGGCUUGGGCCUGAGUCGGGGCAAAGACACCUGCCUGGCUGAUGGAGGCUUACCCAGCCCCACCCCGUCAUGGUAGCCUCAGGGUGCCAAGUGCCUAAUACUGCCUGACAAGUGCCUGACACCCAGCCUAGUUCCUUCCUGGCCCCUGUCUCACUGGCUGGGAAACCCUAGACCAUGUCAGAUAGGACAACACUGCUGGGUUUUACAUCCAGACCGUAAUAAACACCAUUUCAUCAUUUC